UUAAAUAAACAGUUGAUUUUCAAUAAUUCUUUUAAGAUAUACACCAAAAAAUCAUUACUAACUGUAACACAGAACGUAUUUAUUUCGAGAUUUCAGCUGGAAAACGCAUAAAAUGUCUGGUGCUUAUUUCUUGGCUGCGGCCGAAGAAGAUCGUAAGCAGCGGCAACUGAGAGUGAACAAGCGGGUUCUGAGAGAACAGGGCAGUCCCUUGGACCUCCCAGAUGAGGAGUUCCUCAAAUUGUUUCACCUGACUAAACCCCUAUUUAAAGAUCUUUGCACCGUGCUUACACCUUUUCUACCAGGACGUCAAUAUUCCAAUGCGAUUUCUUCUGAUAUUAAGAUAUUAACAGCUUUGGCGUUUUAUGGACAAGGUGGCUAUCAGAAAGAAGUUGGCACAAAUCUGCUCGGUCUGUCACAGACUUCCGUGCAUGAUUGUCUGAGGGAUGUCACCAACGCACUCAACUCUCCGAAAAUAUUGAGAAAGUACAUAAAGUUCCCUAGGACCAAUCAGGAGUUAGAGGAAGUAUCUAGGGGGUUUUUCCAAGAAUUCGGUAUUCCUGGCGUAGCUGGUUGCAUAGAUGGGACCCACGUCGCCAUCAUCCGGCCUUGCGAGAACGAGGGGGCAUAUUUCAACAGGAAGAACUAUCAUUCCAUUAAUGUUUUGAUUAUAUGCGACUCGAAACUGAACAUCCUGUAUGUGGACGCGUCAUUCGGCGGCGCCUGUCACGACUCGCACGUGUGGAGCCAGUGCCCCGUCGACCAUUUCAUGCAGCAACUACACAGUCGCGGGGAAGGCACCUACUGUCUGCUUGGGGAUUCUGCGUACGCGCAGCGACCUUGGCUGAUGACGCCGGUGCCGCGAGCCAACCCCGGUUCGGCCGAGGAGUACUACAAUCGACUGCACGCACACGCCCGCAGCGCUGCGGACCGGUGCAUUGGCGUGCUGAAGGGACGCUGGCGGUGCAUGUUAGCGCACAAGGUACUCCGCUACAGCCCCAUCAAAGCCGGUAAGAUGGUGAACGCGUGUGUGGUACUCCACAACUUCGCCAACCAAGCCGGUUUAACCGUGGACUUACAAGAGGAGCUUCACCUGGACUACCAACAGCAGAUCCUCGAGGCAGUGGAGUCCCAUGAUAUGGACGGCUCGAGGCAAGCCUUGAUCGGUCGGCUUUGGGGUACCCGUAGCGCUUGUAUGUACCAAAUGGAGUAUAACCGCCAUUGUGACGGAAAUCAAUAUUUUACAUAGAAACUUUGUUAAAAAAAAAUAUAUAUGCCUGUAAUAAAGAUAUUAGUAUUAUUAUAUGUACUAGAUGUACUAGGACAGCAGAACUUUAUAGGAAGUACAGUGAACAUUUAUCUGUAGAACUGGUAUGGAGUGGCAUCGUAAGAUUCGAUUUCAGAACGUUGCAACCCUAAAAUGUUACGUCACCGCUCUGUGCAUUUGUUCAUUUUAACUUUUUUGCGUUUCUUAAAUACAUAUAAUUUUAUUUAAUAUUACAAAGUUGGAGAGUAUGUUUGGUUGAACGCGGUAAUCUCAGGAAAUACUGCUUCGAAUUGGAUAUUCAAUUCAUCGUGGAAGGCUUUUAACCCCGUAAGGGUAGUAAAGAAAAUAGUAUUAAAGUUCGUAAUUUUUUUAAUUCAUGUUGUAUGGGUUUAUCGUGAUAUUAAAACAAUUUGACCAGAGUUAUCUGAUUAAAUGUGAUAUUUUAUAUGAAUGUAUUAUUAUAUAAUUUUUUUUUAUACUUCUGUAUUAAAUAUUUUACUUUCUGUGAUACUUUUACCUUCUUUCAUAAUACUUAAGUGUAUACUAUGUGUAACUGAAAACCGAAAUAACACUUUACAGGCUUCAGAAGUAUAUUAUGUACUGUCUCUGCGACU